AUGUCGCUUGUCCGAGGCAAUUGGGAUCACCAACAUUGGGCAUAUUGGCCCGUCGGCCCAUUGGUUGCUAUCCUUACUGAAACCCAAGCAUUGUGUCAUGAUAUUCGUAUGGCGGCCGAGAUGUUCGAAAAGGAAAACGUUCAUGUAGAUCUCGGUUCCAGUGACCGCUUGGGGCCAGAUUCCGGGGCUAUCCCGACCCAGAUCCAACUGACCGAGUCAAACAACAAGAACGGCAACUAUAAGUUCGUGCCAGUCUCGUUUUAUGCUGGGUCUGCCUUCAUAACCUCGCCGCCUCCGAGUUCCGUUCCAAUGCCGGCGUUCUUCACGAAGAUGGCUGAGGUUUCUGUAAAGAAUAACGACGCCACAAGUGACUUGAGGAGGAUAUUGAGGCUCGAUUAG